AGGAUUCCGAGGCGGUGGCCCCGAAGACCGGACGGUAUCGUAAUCUCAGGAUUGGAUUUGCGUGCGGGUUUACGCGCACAUGUGAUCAUUUCAAAGCAACCCUGGUACUAAUCCACCCGCGGACUGCGUGAUACGACAGACUGCAGACAGACACUUCCUCAGUCAUGGUGGACGCCGCCACCGCCGAGCAGUUCCUGGACGCCAACCCGCAGUUCGCCAAGCAGUACUACGACAUCAACUUCCGGCCCAAGGUGGUGCGCGACCUGCUGGACGACGGCCGCGCCACGGCGGUGGACGUGAGCCGCUACCACCGGCUCACCGCGGUGGAGGAGAGCGAGAUCCUCUUCGACCUGGUGCGAGACAUCCAGGACAACCUCCAAAUGGAGAAGUCGCUCUUCAACCUCAUGCGCCACCUCAGCUUCAUGAUGAGGGCCGACCGCAUGAGCCUCUUCAUGUACCGACAGAGGAACGGCGUCGCCGAACUGGCCACCAGGUUGUUCAACGUGCAUCGAGAUUCCGCGUUCGACGACUGCCUGGUGCAGCCCGACAGCGAAAUCGUGUACCCGCUGGAUUUGGGCAUCGUGGGCCACGUGGCCUCCGUCAAGAAGAUGGUCAACGUGCCCGACGUCGCUCAGAAUCCUCACUUCAGCAACUUUGUGGACGAGCUGACCGAGUACACCACCAGGAACGCGCUGGCCGUGCCCAUCAUGAACGGCAAGGACACGGUGGCCGUCAUGAUGGCCGUCAACAAGAUGGCCGACGCGCCGCACUUCACCGCCGAGGAUGAAGAGAUCCUCAACAAGUACCUGAACUUCGCCAACCUGGUGCUGAGGGUUUUCCACCUGAGCUACCUGCACAACUGCGAAACCAGGAGAGGGCAGGUGCUGCUGUGGUCAGCCAGCAAGGUGUUUGAGGAGCUGACAGACAUCGAGAGGCAGUUUCACAAGGCCUUGUACACAGUGCGAGCCUUCCUCAACUGCGACCGCUACUCUGUGGGCCUGCUGGACAUGACCAAAACCAAAGAGUUCUUUGACCUUUGGCCCGUCCUGAUGGGAGAAGUCCCUCCGUACGACGGACCUAAAACACCCGACGGCCGGGAAGUCAUCUUCUACAAAAUUAUCGACUAUAUACUACACGGCAAAGAGGACAUCAAAGUCAUCCCGAAUCCUCCAGCAGACCACUGGGCUCUGGUCAGCGGCUUGCCAACGUAUGUGGCAGAAAAUGGACUGAUUUGCAACAUAAUGAACGCAGCUGAGGAUGAAUUCUUCAACUUCCAGAAAGAACCUCUGGACAACUCGGGCUGGACGGUCCGCAAUGUUUUGUCCGUGCCCGUCGUCAACAAGAAAGAGGAGAUUGUGGGCGUGGCCACCUUCUACAACAGGAAGGACGGGAAACCCUUUGAUGAAAUGGAUGAAACGCUGAUGGAGGCUCUUCUGUGUCCGCCUCGAGCGCAACAAUGCGGGCGUCCCUGUUUUCAAGCAAACACACAAAUUCAUCAUGUGCUGUUCGUUUGCGAAAGGAGCGGAAAGUCUUCAAGUUCUGCAGUCCGCUGUUCGUCGCUGACCCAGUUCCUGGGCUGGUCGGUGCUCAACCCGGACACGUACGACAAGAUGAACAAGCUCGAGAACCGCAAGGACAUCUUCCAGGACAUGGCGCUGUACCACGUCAAAUGUCGUAAGGACGAGAUCCAGAACGUCCUGAACACGCGCGAGCGAUGGGGGAAGGAACCGGACGAGUGCGAAGAGGAGGAGCUGGAGGAGAUCCUGUCGGAAGUCCUCCCCGACGCCAAGAAAGCGGAGAUCCUGGAGUUUCACUUCUGCGACUUUGAGCACAGCGAGUUGGACCUGGUCAAGUGCGGCAUCAGGAUGUACUACGAACUCAAAGUGGUGGACAAGUUCCACAUCCCCAGAGAGGUGUUGGUGAGAUUCAUGUACUCACUCAGCAAAGGCUACAGGAAGAUCACCUAUCACAACUGGAGACACGGAUUCAACGUUGGCCAGACCAUGUUCACGCUGCUCAUGACGGGCGACCUGAAGCGCUACUACACCGACCUGGAGCGCAUGGCCAUGGUGACCGCCGGAUUCUGCCACGACAUCGACCACCGGGGAACGAACAACCUCUAUCAGAUGAAGUCUGGAAAUCCGCUGGCGAAGCUUCACGGCUCGUCCAUCUUGGAGAGGCACCACCUGGAGUUUGGCAAGACUUUGCUGAGAGACGAGUCUUUGAACAUCUACCAGAAUCUGAACCGCCGCCAGCACGACAUCGUCAUCCACCUGAUGGACAUCGCCAUCAUCGCCACCGACCUGGCGCUCUACUUCAAGAAGAGGACCAUGUUCCAGAAGAUUGUGGACCAGUCCAAGACGUACGACAGCUGGAACGACUGGACCAAGUACAUGAUGCUGGAGACAACACGCAAGGAGAUUGUCAUGGCCAUGAUGAUGACGGCCUGCGACCUGUCGGCCAUCGCGAAGCCCUGGGAGAUCCAGAGCAAGGUGGCGCUGUCUGUAGCUGCUGAGUUUUGGGAGCAAGGAGACCUGGAGAGGACCGUCCUGGAGCAACAGCCCAUCCCCAUGAUGGACAGAAACAAAGCAGAAGAGCUUCCCAAGCUUCAGUGCGGCUUCAUCGACUUUGUCUGCUCCUUUGUUUACAAGGAGUUCAGCCGCUUCCACGAGGAGAUCACGCCCAUGCUGGAGCGGCUCCUCGACAACCGCAAGGAGUGGAACGCCCUCAAGGAGGCGCACGACGCCAAGAUGGCCGCCGUCGAGGCGGCCAAGAAGGCCAAGGAGGAGGCGGCCGGCGCGGCGGCCGCGGCCAGACAAGCGAGUGCGGCCCAGUCCAAGACUUGCACCCUCAGCUAGAACGCCGCUUCGCAGACCUUUUACGCCAAGUACAAUCUCCAAAAACACGUUUUAGUCCUCGCAAGUAUAUCGAUCAUUAUCGUAAGAUGCUACAACGGCUAUAUACAGUUUGAACGUUGACACUGCACUUAAAUAGAGGCAAAUACAAAAUUAAAAAUGCGACCGUAUAAUCGUAUAAUCGUAAGGAUGAAAUUGAAUAGGGUUGUUUACAUACAAAUACAAAUUGUAAACGACCUAAAUAAAUAUUGAAGGACAAACAUUUCUGAAAGAUGAAAUCCUGACUUCAAAGUUAAGUACAACUAAAGUGUACUCAGUGUAACAAAUGCACUGUACUGGGUUUGGAAAAACAAUUGGAUUUCUACACAAUUUGAACAUUGAAUUCAGUGAUUCUUUCACAUACCACUAGAGGGAGCCCACGUGGUUCACUGAGCUCGAAGAAAGUAUACAUACAUAUUGAAAGUAUGUGCAAGUAUGUCAUCGCUUGGAAAAACAUUGGAAAUGUUGCUGUUUUCAUACACAAACAAGUUUGUUUGUCUUCGCAUUGUGUUGCUGAUUAAAGUUAGAGGGACUAUUCCAA